GCCACCACAUGGUCAAUAAAAGAGCAAUUUCCUCCUUCUCUGGGCGAUAUUCACAGCGUUUCAGACCCUCCAUGCGAUGGCUGGACGCUGUUUCCUCCAAACAGAACAUGUGCUGGUACACCCCUUAUAUUCCCUCAUGUUCUGAAACAGCGAGUUCGUUCAAACGAUCUCCCCCACCAGGCAGAUCCUCUCAUUGGCUUCCUCCAGAUGAACUCGCCGGGCAAAACAGCCAGUGGUCCUUGGGGCUUCUUACCUCCAGCCACAGACUGUUCUGCCAGCCACAGUGCCCCCACUUCAGCCUCACGACCCCAGUUUACAAACUGUCCCACAAUGAUUGUAAUGGUUGGUCUGCCAGCCAGGGGAAAGACCUACAUCUCCAAAAAGUUAACCCGAUACCUAAACUGGAUUGGAGUCCCAACUCAAGUCUUUAAUUUGGGUCAGUAUCGAAGGGAGGCUGUGCAGACGUACAAGAACUAUGAAUUUUUUCGUCCAGACAAUGAAGAGGCCAUGAAAAUCCGCAGAGCCUGCGCCUCACAUGCUCUUAAGGACAUUGCUAAUUACUUCCUCACUAAGGAGCAGGGACAAGUUGCAGUAUUUGAUGCCACCAAUACCACGAGGGAGAGAAGAGGAGUCAUCAUCAGUUUUGCCAAGGAGAAGGGCUAUAAGGUGUUUUUCAUUGAGUCGGUUUGUGAUGACCCAGAAAUCAUUGAGGAAAAUAUAAUGCAAGUAAAACUGAGCAGCCCAGAUUAUGAAAACUAUGACAAAGAGGAAGCGCUGGUGGACUUUCUAAAACGUAUUGAUUGUUACAAAAUGUCUUAUGUCCCCCUGGACGAAGAAAAGGACAGGUACCUCUCCUUCAUUAAGAUCUUUAACGUGGGAUCCAGGUACCUCGUGAACCGCGUCCAGGAUCACAUUCAGAGUCGUAUAGUGUAUUACCUCAUGAACAUCCACGUCACACCACGAUCCAUCUAUCUGAGCCGCCACGGAGAAAGUGACCUCAACCUACUGGGAAGAAUCGGUGGAGACUCAGGCCUCUCUUCACAGGGCCAAAAGUACGCUAAGGCUCUUGCAGAGUUCAUCAGGGGUCAAUCCAUCAAGGACCUGAAGGUGUGGACCAGCCACAUGAAGAGGACCAUACAGACAGCAGAGGCACUGGGCGUCCCGUAUGAGCAGUGGAAGGCACUAAAUGAAAUUGAUGCGGGUGUAUGUGAGGAGAUGACGUACGAGGAGAUUCAGGCAACCCAUCCAGAAGAGUUUGCCUUAAGAGACCAGGACAAGUACCGCUACCGAUAUCCAAAGGGUGAAUCAUAUGAAGACUUGGUACACCGUCUAGAGCCAGUCAUAAUGGAGCUUGAGAGACAAGAGAAUGUGCUGGUCAUCUGCCACCAGGCAGUCAUGCGUUGUCUAUUGGCCUACUUUCUGGACAAAAGUGCAGAUGAUCUACCAUAUCUAAAAUGUCCUUUGCAUACUGUUCUCAAACUCACUCCAUUAGCUUAUGGAUGCAAAGUGGAGUCCUUCUAUUUAAACAUCCAAGCAGUGAACACACACAGGGACAGACCCACAAAUGUGAAUGUCGCAAGAAUGCCAGAAGAAGCACUACAGACUGUACCUGAACAUCUAUAAUCACAAACAAAUCUUAAUUUUGCCAUUUUUGCACAGUUAAUCUACAUAUAGGUUGUGUAAAUGGGUAACAAGGUGGAAGGAAGGAAUUUAAAAGCAUGUAAGCAUGUGUUUCCGUUAAGAUUAUCAAGGCUUACAAACACAAAAGUGGAAUCCAAAAGUCUGAGACCACAUCUGUUUUUGUUUUUUUGUCCAAUUCAACUCUUCAUUCAAAUUUUGUGGAUAAUAUGAAUUUUUGCAAAUUAUAUACAUUUUGUAUUAAAUUAGAAAAUGCAGAACAGAAUUUUUUUUUUCUAGGGCUUUCAGACUUUUGGAUUGUACUUUAGGUUUUUAAACUGAACUGUGAAAAUCAAGUACUUUGUUGAUGAGAUUGGCAUAAUGUUAAAAGUUGGAAUGGAUAUUGCAGCUAAAGAUUAUUUUUCCCUUUUCUUAGUUUAAAAUAUUUAGUUAGAACAGGUAAAAUCCCUAUUGUGUGAAAGUGAAUAGUCUUUAUUUUAUUAGUUUUAAUUGUAUUGAAAGAUCUGGGCAAUAAUACCCUUUUAUGCAUUUAUAAAGUACGGUAAUCAAAGGAUGAUUCAGUUAGUUAACAGCACCAUGGACAGCAACCAAACAAAUAAAUCUAUAUUAGUCGUCACAAUAUCACACAAGAGCAUUCUCAAGCCACUGUACUCUUCACAAUUCAUAAUUAUUAUUAUUUUCAUGAGAGCCUUUCCAAAAACCUUGCUGAGAUUUCUAGAGUAAAAAUUCAGUAUGCAAAUAUAGUGACAGUAAUGCGGUUUUAGAGGAAUUAUGUAACGUCUGAAGGGCUUCUGGCACAGUCUUCCAAAUUGUAGGCAUUCACGGGUUAAUGUUUUGUGGUUUUUCGUGCCCCCCAAAUCCGUGGCGAGGCUCUGCGAAAUUUCCAGUAUGCACACGUGAAAAACUGCCCUUGAAAGCCACAAAUACCUGCGCCUGAUCGAAACUCAUUUGUCAUCAUAACGAAGUUAUUUUUUCAGUCUAAAUGAGCAUCCAUCUCUCUCAUGGCAUUAUCGUGGCCGCAGUAUCAUUUUUAGGAUCUCUUUGGAAGGGAGGGGGCAAUACUGCCUCUUUUAUAAACAACUUUGUGCCGUAAAAUGUGAAGUUAGUGGAAAGACCUUGCGCACUCGUCUUACGGGCAAAACAGUGGUUUUGGCUUUCCCACACAAUCUGAAAGCAUGGAUGUUAAACUGGAUUUGACUAUCCACGCUGUUGUUUUUAUCCUACUGACUGUUCCUUUUGGAUGUGCGCAUUUGGACGCGCAUUCAGUCCCUCUCCAGGUAUGUGUACUUGGUAAUAGCAUUAUUAUUCAUUAUUUUACACUUACUCAAUAUUUGUUCUGUGAGAUUUUCCUCUGACAAGUAAAAUGUAAAGUUUGUCUUGAGGGACCGAUGGCUUUUUGCUCGACACAAACACUAGAAAUGCGCCUCGUCAAGUUACGCGCAAAAACGCACAUGCUGAAGAACCACACACCAUUUAAGAAUUUCUGUUCCAGUGGAAUGUUAAUUCUUAGAAUUUUGUUUACUGUUCAUAGAACCUUUCAUAUUGUUUUUGAAUGCAUUAGAAAUAAGUCAAAUGGAACAUAGGUAAAUACAUCUGUUUACAAUCCUUUUGGUAUUCAUAAGUCUUAUUGUGAGCUACAUUGUGUGUUCUUAAAGAUGUAGUUUUUAUUGUGACUUACGCUGGAAUCUUGAAGUUGUAAUAAAGAUUCCCACUAGGUUCCAAAUUAUGUGAGAAAUUUAAAUUGUUAUUCUGUACGAAUUUCUUAUUUCAUUCCUUCUGGGAUUUGAUGGAGUCAAAUAAGGAAAACAUGAAGAAAAGGAAGGAUAUCAUGUUGGCCUUGAUAAUUACUGUGUUCACAUACUAUGCACAUAAACACAAUUUUUCGUCAUCAUUAUUUCGCAGCCCUUUUAUUACCUCACACAAUUUGUUUUAAUAAACUGUCACACAGUAGUUUCGUUUAAAGAGUGUGCUUGAAAGUUAUAGGAGCAGAGACGGAUUCUUUUCCAUAUUUAGCUUUUUGUUUGUGUUUACAGGAGAUGUGGUAAUCUAUUGGCACAGCAGUGAAUUAUGUAUAAAGUUAACAUCUAAAAUCCUGCAGUGACCAUGUGUACAGUACUGACAUUUAGUUCCAUUCCACCCCUUUCAUGAAUAACUUUGAUUCAGUCUAUUUCAAUGUAAGAUCAAGACCAAACCACUGGCAUCUGAGAAUACUGAGAGCGUUUCAAACUAUUUUUACAUUUACACCUCAAAGGUAAACUGUAUUUGGUAAAGUAGUUAAUCAAGUUUAUAUGAAGAAUAUGAAGUUUGUAUUCAUGCUUAAAGGCGAGCGCCACUAAGGAAUGAGUAAAAACACAGAUCUGUUUUUGUGAUGCAUACACUGUGACAUUUAUAACACCUAGCUGGAAUUAAUUUGUGGAUAAUUUUAUGUGGCAUACAUUUAUUACUUGUAAUGUAAAAGUACCUGAUCAGAGAUGUCAAAAAAAUAGCUGUAGGCCUCACGUGUUAUUUUGUACA